AGGUUUUAUGGACCUUUAUAACAGAUCUGGAUCCAUUUUGGAAAAUACAAUUGUUAUGAUGAUUGGCUAUUUUAGGGACCGUUCAUCCACUCCGAUCAAAUGGUGAAGAAAUAAGAGUUAUAAGGAGUUACAAGAAUAAAAUUACAUGAAAGUACAAAUAACGGUGGGACCAUUACAAAAUUAAGGUGAGGCUAGUUAUUCUCAAAAAGGGCAGAUCCGUCAUUUUGCAUCCAAUCUUAGUCAAGGCUGAUACAUGUAUUUUUUUUGGAACCACCAAUACAUUGUUCCCACCCCUCCGAUACAUUAUUCCAUAGACGGGCCAUCGGCGGACCGGUGAAGGUCGAGGAGGUCGCUGCCCUGUCGACGCCGGCGGGAGUUCCUAGAGACGAACCCCCGGCUGGACUUGGUGUAGUGGUUGACCCGAGGAUGGUCAAUGGGGCAUGGAGAUGGAGCCAGUUCGCCGGCCGUAGCGUCAUGGAGGAGACGGAGAGACAGGCCACCGGGUCGCCCAGCAACUCCGUCGGGUUCAGCACCGGCUACAUCACCAUCAAGGACAUGGUGGUCACCGGCAUGCCCAUCAAGAUUGUCGGCGUUGCCGCUCUCACGGUCCUGCUGCCAACGCUAGGUGUUGCGCUUUUUGGCAUGGAUCAGAAGGUAUAGGAACAUAAUGAAAAUUCAAUUGGAAUUUUGAACAUCUCAAUCGCUAACUGUAGGUUAGUACGAGUAGCAUCUACUAGGAGCUUAUUCAGGUUGUUGUACAGUGUAUCGUCAGUGUCAUUGCCCGAUGAACGACAUAUUCUUUUCUGUAUCUACAAGACGGUAUAUGAAUUU